GCCGACAUGAUUCGUGUUUGCUUGUUAACGAUGAUAUUUGUGACGCAGCUGUCGACCAUCGAAGCUGAAGGAUGUGAUUCCUUCAAAAACACGAGCGUAGGAGUGAUCGAAGAAUAUAUGUAUAGAGAAUAUUUGGUGAACGGAUGUAUCGAACCCGAGCAAUUCAGAAGCAAUGACAUAAAAUGGGCGCGUAUUAAGAGUGAUAUAACUGGGAUAUUGCGGCUGGGCAAGAACUCGAUAAGGAAUCUGCCCACACUGGAAAGAGUCGAAAUAUACGCUAAAGAUUUGCAAAUACUCGAGUCGAAAGCCUUCAGUAACUUGCCAAGCCUCUUGCAGUUACAUAUUGAGCAGACCAGCCUAGAAGAGAUACAGAGAGAUGUUUUCAACCUAAUUCCCAACAUCAAAGAAAUAUGGCUGGACAAAAACAAGAUCGACUCCAUCGCAGGUGAUGCCUUCUCUAACCUCGAAUCGCUAUAUUUGAUUGACUUGAGCUACAAUGAGCUCAUAUACUGGAACAAAGAAUGGUUCGCUAACUGCCCCAAUCUACGAGUUAUGAUGUUCGAUAACAACAACAUUCCCACGAUCCCGAGAAGAGCAUUCGCAGCGCUGCCAAAACUGAAAAAGAUCUCAUUUGAAGGUAACGAGAUCACCACCAUCCAACCAGAUGCCUUCCGAAACCUAAAUGACCUCCAGUAUUUGAACCUGGACCUCAAUAGGCUCACAGUGAUUGACGAGCACGCAUUCCCGAACAAUAUCUACAUCAAGCAUCUCACGAUCAACGGUAACCAUCUUAACUAUUUACCGAACAAGCUGCUGAGGAAGAUGUCAACCGGCAAUAUCUCCAUGGACCACAAUCCCUGGAAGUGUCCUUGUCUAGAGAGAUUGAACUAUUGGAUAUACUUCACCAACGCCAACCUUCAGGUGAGGCCCCAAUGCAAAUCACCAUUUGCCCCCAUUUGCGUCGUGCCUCAAGUGCUUCCAGGUCAUUCCCAGACAUGCCAAGAACGUGUCGACAAAGAGUUGACUGGAAGAUAUAUCGCGUUGUUGAAGAAUUUGUCUGAACCGUUGUUGACACGUUGUGCCAGAUUGGAUUAGAAUAUAGAUCCAUUUUAAAUGUAUCUGACGUGACGUAGUAUCAGAAGAGACAUCUUCAUAAACACUGCAGCAAUGAUACCUCAAUCAAUAUUGGAAAUUAUUCAUUAUAAUAUGUACACUACACUGUUUUACCACUAACCAAACCGAUUUUUAACGCCUCGACACGUGUUUCGCUAACUAUGUUAGCAUCUUCAGAAGAAGAUUAAAAGUUUAGAGGUUGGUGAGAUAUAUCCAUUCAAUUAGUGUUUACAAAAGGAGAACAUGCAUUUGUGGGUGAUUCACAUAAGAACCGACAUAGAGCAGGGGCAUGUAGGGGGUCCCAAAAUAUAGCAAUUUAACGCAACUUACCUCUAUACCAAGUUGCUUUCCUAAGGAGAUAUAGGCUUUGGAAGUGAAGUUAUAAAUUUUGAAAAAAAUCAAUAUCUCCGUUAUUCUUGUACUUAAAGCAACCAAAUUUGUUACACUUCGUGGAUGUAUUUAGGGCGUUACUUGACAGUAACUAGAGUUUAAUUGAAAUUUGUAAAGGGGGUAUACCAAGUGGCGCACCAUCAAUAUUCAACAUAAUUUUGUUAACCCUUGAUGGAUUUCAAAAAUCUUUGCUUUGUUUUGUGGGCAAUUCAAUUCUAAAACUUUU